AUGGCGCCUCCGCAAGUCCAGACAGCAAUAAUCCAGGCGGAACAGGCGGAAUUUCCGGCAGACUCUCUCGCUGUGGUGGUGUCCCACAAUGUGCCGGUCCCUACCUUGACUUCGGCAAAUCAGGUGCUUGUCCGCGUCUUGGCCGUGGCCCUGAACCCUAGUGACUUCAAGAUGAUCAAGUAUUUCCCCCGGCCAGGAACCAAUAUACCGAUUGGUUGCGACUUUUGCGGCGUUGUCGAGGACACACGAGGUGACAGUGUACUGGCGUCGUUCCCCAAAGGCACUCGAGUCGCCGGCACUGAGUUUCCCUAUGGAACGAUGGUUGGCGGGUCGUUUGCUCAGUGGCUCGUUGCCGAUGCCAGCCAGCUUCUACGCGUACCCAAUAGACUGACUGACCUCGAAGGUGCUGCAAUCGGUGGCCUAUGCUGGGGUACCAGUGUGGUUGCACUCUUUGGCGACCCAGAUGCGCUAUGUUUGCCUGGAUCGCUGACGCAACCAGCAGAGAAGAGUUACCCUGUGCUGGUAUACGGCGCAGCAACUGCCACAGGUACAAUGGCAUGCCAGAUGCUGAAGCUGGCUGGGCACACACCGAUUGCUGUAACGUCAGUGGAGUCGGCGCCCCUGGCUGUCGCGUACGGCGCAGUUGGCUCCGCACCCUACACGUCGCCUGCUUGUGCCGCGACGAUCCGCACGAUGGCCCCUAAUGGAGACCCAAUUCGUCACGCCUUAGAUUGCAUCACGACCCCGGAAUCCGCAGCGUUGUGUUUUGCCGCUAUCGGUCGGGCGGGAGGACGCUAUGCCUGCCUGGAGGGGUUCAAGGAUGAGUGGCGGACCCGACGUGCAGUUCGGACGAAGGAAGUCAUGGGCUUCGAGGGCUUUGGACACAAGGUGGCGCUGGGCGACAACACAUAUUCCCGCGACCAAAACCUACAGUUGUAUUCCCAAGGACGUUACUGGUCCAGCGAAAUGCAGGCAUCGUUGGACCAGGGUCUUAUCAAGCCGCAUCCAGUGCGGGAGGUCCAUGGCGAAUGGGAGGGCAUCAUCGAAGGCUUACACAUGCUACAAGCCGGCAAGGUCCGCGGGGAAAAGCUUGUAAUUCGCCUAGGAACCAUCUGA